UCUGGCUCCGCCUCCCCCACGUGCGCGCCGUCGCUUUGCUCCUGAAGGUUCCGCAGACUCCGAACAUCGAAGCUCGGUUCCGCGCUAACACUGAGGUUCUGAAGAGCUGACUGGACCAAGACGGCCCCUCAAGAUAUUCCUGUAUCAUUUUUCAUGUAUGGACUGAGUCCUCAUCAUAACUGUAUGAUUGUAGAUACCAUUGAAGACUGGCCACAAGCAAAAGGAAAAUGAAAAAAAUUUCUAAGCACAUGACAUGGAAAAUGAGCUCGAACAAGGAACCCUUACCAACUACUGGUGAAGAAGUCAGUCGUUUGAAGAAAUUCACCAUUCCAAAGAUCAGGAGGACCGCUGGGAAAGUUUACUCAUCACCUUGUGGCACCAAUACUAGAGAAUAUAGUUUCAUACAUGAGACUCUUAACCAGUGUAGGCUUGAUGUAAGCUGUGAUCUCCAGUCAUCAUCAUGGCAGUUUGGGGAUACAAAACUGGUUCACAAUGAGGAGCUGGAAAAAAAUUUUACUGCUAAAAGAUCAGAAAUGCGUGAGCUUGGGAGACAUGGGAGAGAACUUGAAGAACAUUUCUGCUUUUUAGCGCUUCCUUAUAGAAAUGUGGUAGAGAUAUACCAGAAUGGGUUAAGUACUAAAGCAUCUACUUUGAAGAUACUAGGAAAUCCUCAUCUUGGAAUUUACACAUUUAGACAUGUUGAUAUUGCCUUGAAUUAUGCUUGUAAUCAAAGCAUUACAGUAGAAAGUAUUAUAAUUUUUAAGGUUCUUUUUGGGAAAGUAAAGAAAAUUCAACCUUCUAUGGAUAUAAACAAAGUUUCUUUGGAUCCUUCUCCUAACUUUGAUUGCCAUAUGUCAAGAAGUGUACCUUCUCUGAAAGAUUCCAUUGAGUUACAAGCCUACAAUUCAGUGGUAUACUUCUAUGAAUACAGUGCCUUUUCAAAGCCAGUAGAUAAGCCUAGGCAGUGUCUCCCAUAUGCAAUAAUAACAGUAAAAUUUAUUGGUCAAAAAAUGGAUAAUGGACACCUUAAAACAACUUUGAGAUUUCUCACAACAGGAUUUCCUAAGAAGCCUGAAAGAACAUGCUCUCUGAAUAACUGUACAGUGGCCAAAAGAAUUGGAAAAGGGAAACAUGCUACUGUCAUCUUUGAGCAUUUUGGGAAACCUGUAGAUCCAUUUGCUCCAGAAAAUUGUUCGUGCAAUACACAAAAUUCAGAGAUAAAUUCCUUCAACGCAAAUGUUUCUGAUUCUUCUGAAAAUGUGCAAAAUGGAAACGUUUCUAUACUUGAAACAGUUAGUGGGCAAACAGAGAACAGUUCAGCAGAAAGUACAAACAUUUCUCAAGGACAUGUACAUGAUUCAGGUCCUUUUAUGUCCAGUGAUAACAAAGAAAAUGGUAACAAUGGUUAUUUGUUUUCAACAUAUCUUAAAAAUAUUUUAAGUGUUAUUUCUUCAUAUUUUCCUCUUUACAAGAAUAUUGACUCAAGUACAGUUACUACUUCAAAAUUUAUCAAAGACCCAAGACUUAUGAAAAGAGAAGAAAGUAUGGGAAAGCAGAAUAAUACUACAGGCUUCAGUGAGGUUUUGCCAGUUGAGAAUAAUUUAAAUAGUAAUUCAGAAAUAAACCUGUCGGGUGUGUCAACUAAUUUUGUCUCAUCAUCUGAAGUUGUCCCCUCUGAUUCUGCUACUCUUUCUGAUUGUUUGGAUACCCCUUGCUCUAGAUUUUCUUUUGACGACUCACCAUCUCCAACUCACAACAUGGACCCUAAGGACUAUCAUUCUGUAGCAUCCAACAAAAUUACCAGGGUCAGACAAAGUAAGGACCAAGGCCAUUUUUCCUCCCCACUUUCUUUGUUAAAUGUUUCAGAGCUUGAGAACCAAAAACACACUGAGGAAAAAGCCAAGACAGCCCAAGAAAGAAGUAAUAUUCCGCAAAGCAGCAAGGCACAUAGUUCUUAUGAAUCAGUGAAUACUUACACAAAAGACUCUGAUAGUCAGAUCUCAAAGGAAUUACAUUCUUCUAAUUUUGCAUCUACAUAUCAGAUUGGUCACCAUAUGUCUGCAGUUUUUCCACUCCAAAUGGAAGAAAGUGUAGAUGAAUGCAUUCAAAAUAUUGGCAAGAUAAGAAACUUCACUGACCCAGAAGACAGUUACCGAUAUGAAGAAAAGCCAAUUUUGGAAAACGAAACUGAUAAUUUCACUGAUGCAACAAAAAUCACUCCAAUCAAUAAUUAUAUUUCUUCACAUCAAGAAUACAAAGAUGAUGAGACUCUUGAUUCUUUGGGGGGAAAUAGUGAUGAAAUAUUAAUUACUCAAGAGUUAGAAAUGCCAAAAUCUCUCACCUCUACCAUGGAAGAUAAGAAUGAACAGGGUCACUUAGCACUAGAUUUAGAAAGUAAUCUUACUCUAAAUAUAGAGUGCCUUUCACAAGAGCAUCCUCAACACUCUAUGGAUUGUGAAGAUAGCAUCCAUACAAGUUUUGUGUUUACUCAGAAGCUAAGGGAAAUUAAUUUGGAAAAAAGAAAUGAAAAUUGUAUUAGCAUUAUAACUGAUCCUUUCCAGGAAGCAAAAGACAUUUCUCAGACCGGAGAACUGUUUGCUGAUUCCAUAAGUCCAUUUCAUGGUAUUGAAAUAACCUUUGAUAAUUCAAGAGAAUACGUAUGUGUCCAGAGGAAAAAUGAAAAUGAGUCAUUGUUAGAAGAUAUUCAAAGAAACUGCAAAGAAAUUCCUUACGUUGAAGAUGAAGGUGAGGCUCACUUUCUGUCCCGUAAUGCACAAUUAAAUGACAGUAGAUACCUAACUCUUCAUUUCAAGGGGCAAGGAGAUAAUGAUAAAGAAAACAAAAAUAAAGAGGAUGAUAGAACUUCAUUUCCAAAAGACAACAUGGAGAAAAUAUAUGAAUGCAAGAAGCAAGAGUACCCUACAAAGAAUACUUUCACCAAUAUAGGUUGGAAGAAGAAUAAAAAUGACAACAAAGUAGAAAUUAUCAGUUCUAAAGAUAUUCCUACAACAUUCAACUUCAUUUGGGGAAAAAAAGAUAUGUCACCAGAAACUGCCUUAUUAGAAGAUAAAGAUAUUCUUGCUGCCAAGAAACAGAGAGAUGUGCAAAACCCUGGAAGAAGUGUAGAUUAUUUGACUUUCACAUCAUUUCCUAAAAUGGCAGAUUAUUCCGUAGGUGUGACCUCAAGUUCUGCAGUAGAGUUAGCUGCUACUACUUUGCCUGCAUUAAGUGCAAAUCAUGAAGCUCAACAAAGAUACCAGUUUAAAGAAACUUGUUCUUCUGAGAGUCCAGAUUUUGAGUCAUUAGUAAAACACAAGAUUGCUGAUUGUGAAAUUGAUGCGGAUAAAAAUAAGUUGCAAGAUUCAUUUCAUCAGCCAAUUAAUGAGAACUCACUUCUUCAAAAUUUUGGAUUGGGAAGUGAGAUUGAAGUAGAAUUAGAAGAGUGCGAUGAUGCUUUUCUAUUUCAGCAAAAUAGACACAGCCAUGAAAAUGUACUUGAUGAGGAAUGUGAGGCCUCUUAUGAGGCUCUAAAGUCUCAUAUUGAUUGGGAAGGUCUAUUUGGAAGCAGUAAUGGAAAAGUGGACAAUUUGGGAAGCACCGUAAGACAGAAUAUAGAUCAGCAACACUCUAAGAAUACUAUUUGUUUCUGUUCUACUUACAAAAAAGAAGUCUACCCAAUUUUAUUUCCAGAUCUACAUGUUAGAAUUACUAAUACAUUUACAUCGACAUUCAGUCCCGCUGAUGAUACCCUUUCAGUGAAAGAUAAUUUUUACAAAUGCUUAACAGAAGCCCCAAAACCAGGAAUAAAUGGGGGGGAAGCUCCAGGAUUUGAUAUUUAUUCCAAAUCUUGUGAAAAUUCAAGUUAUCCAUGUACAGAUCAGUUUGGUAAUUCCAUGCAGGAUUCAGGACUCUUGAGUAAAUCUGAAAUCUUCCAUUCUUCUGACAUCAGUAACAAUACAGCUGUGAAUCAUAAGUCUGGAAAAAAAAACAAUGACUCUCUUUCUAUUGAACCUUCUAAUGUCACAACAAUAAAUGGUGACCAGAAAUGUUUUUUUACAGAAUCAAAAACUGACUUUAAUGACACUAGAAAUAAAAAGGACAUGGAAUCAAGAAUUAGCAAGAAAUACAUACGUACAUCUUUUAGGGAUCAGAAUAUAUCACAUAAAGAUUUAAGACAACGUGAAAUAUGUGAGAAGGAAAAGGGACUAACCAGUCAUGACUCAUCUGAGUGUUUCUCUUCAUUAUCCCAAGGACGAUUGAAAAUAUUUUCACAGUCAGAAAGGCACAUAAGGGGUGUCCUAAAUAUUCUAAAUAGUGAAGCAUCUUUAUGUAAAAGCAAACGUCUUUCCAGAAAACUAAACAGAGCUGUUCUUCACUUAAAGAAAGCUCAUAGAAGAGUUCACACAUCUUUGCAGCUUAUAGCGAAAGUGGGAGAAAAAAGAAAGGGUCCAUUACCCAAAGCAUAUGAAAUAACAUGCAAUAAUUUCUGGGAAAGCUGUGACCUUCAAGGUUACAGUUCUGUGUCUGAAAGAAAAUAUUCCAAGCGUUUUUUAUCAAAAAGAAAAUAUGACAAAAUAGGGAAAGUUUUUGGAUUUGAUGUUAAUCAGUCAACCUGCAUAUCAAAGUACAAAUCAUACAAAACAAAUGGAGAGAGGAUUGCAGUGUGCCAUUCCAAGAAAAAUGUGACCAGUAGCGGCUCCAGAAGUCACACCACUGUUCACAGAGAAUUUUGUAAUCAGCACUCUUCACAGUUGUCACUAUUCUCUACAUCCCAAGGUACAAGUCAACCAGACUUUGAUAGCAGUAUGAAAGAUUCAAGAACAUCAGAACUUAAGCAUUUUUCUGGAAAAAGUGAAUAUUUGCUUUACUCAGAGGAAAAACAAUCUGAAAAAGAAAAUCAAAUUGAUACAAAAUUGUCGGACAGUAAAUGUGGAAAGCUCAGGGACCAUUCGCAUAAUAAGGAUGUGACCAAAAAAAAUAAUUCUGAAGUUAAUAAAAUAGUAAGCAAAAGCAGUUCAAUAUCUUUAAGUGGCACAAAAGACAACAGUGUAAGUUACAGCACAGACAAAAAUGAUGCAACGUAUAUACCCCACACAGAGGUGAAAACUGACAUAUUUGUUUCAACCUUAGACUCAAACAUGAAGUCCUUUUUAAAUGUUGAUACUUACAAAGGAAAUGACUGUAUUAUAUCUGGUUUUCAGAGUAACCUAAAAGUAAAUUUUCCUAUAGAAAAGUGGAUAACUCCUACUGAGAGCUACAAAGCAAGCAUUAUUACAGGAAAAUUCCUUGUGGGUCCAUUAAACUUAACUUUGAUAUCAAGCAAAAAGUACAAUAUUCUUCAGUUAUUGACCUCUCCAGUGACAGACAGUGAGAGAGAAUCUUCAAAAUCUUGUUUGAGUAAACGGAGGAUUCUUGCUAUAGACUAUUCUGCUACACCCACUACUAUGUCACACUGUCAGCAGAUAUAUAAUGGGAAGGAUCUUCUAAAGACACAACAAUCUUCAAGUAGUCUCUGUGUAGAAGGGAAUGAAACACAUGUUACUGAGCAUUCAGAGUUGGAUCUAACAUCAGUAACUAGAGAGAGUAAAAGGUACGGGAAAAAUAUAAUGAAGAAACUAUCUUUUAAGGAUAGUUCUCUGCUCUUAAAAGAUAAUAUAAAGGAUUUGACCAAAAAAAAUAUUGCAAAGAAAGAUACUCGGAACAGAAAAACUAGGAAAAUUGAACAAACAGAAAAAGCAAAAGAUUCAUUUUACCAAAACAUGACUGAAGGCUCAAUUUUUAAGAUUGAGCACAAAAAUCAAAAGAUCCUAAAAGAAAAAUCAGUGAAAAGUGACCUGAUGGAUUCUCACCUAAGCAUUAAAACUACUCCAGAGGCAGUUUCUUUGAAUAACACAGUUUCUAGUCAGCAUAAAAAAAGAAAGAGGAAAGGAAAGAGAAAAGUCAGUAAUGACUGUCAGUCUGGCUGUAUUUCUAAACCUGGCAUUCUAGAAAUUGAUCAUAUGCCUAUUCUCCAUGCUCACGCUGAAACUUCUAAAGUUACUAUUCAGAAACCUACAUCAUAUGAGAAUGAAUUCAAAGAAAAUCUUUGCUCAGUUACUCAUACAGCUCUUAUAACAGAGCUAUCUCAGAUUUUGCAGAGAGCAGAUGAAGCAUCAUCAUUGGAGAUUCUAGAGAAAGAAACUAAAGCAUGUCAAAAUAUUCUCCCUUUAUUUGUUGAAGCUUUUGAAAGAAAGCAGGAAUGUUCACUUGAACAAAUUCUGAUUUCAAGAGAGCUGUUGGUAGAACAAAAUCUGUGGAAUAAUUGCAAAUACAAAUUAAAGCCAUGUGCUAUUGACACUUUGGUAGAACUUCAAAUGGUGAUGGAAGCCAUUCAAUUCAUUGAAAAUAAAAAAAGGCUCUUAGAAGGUGAACCAACAUUCCGAAGCUUGCUUUGGUAUGAUGAGACAUUGUACAGCGAGCUACUUGGCAGGCCACGUGGAUAUCAACUGCAAUCUAGUUUCUAUCCUGCUUUUCAAGGAAGGUUAAAAUAUAAUGCAUUCUGUGAGUUGCAGAAUUACCAUAAUCAGUUAAUUGAAUUAUUUACAGAAACAAAAAGGGAAAAUAAUUCAUACUAUGCAGUCUUAAAAUACAGGCGACAGAUUAACGAAUGUGAAGCCAUAAUGAAACAUUGUUCUGAUUGUUUUGACUUUUCUCUUUCUGUUCCAUUUACCUGUGGAGUUAACUUUGGAGAUAGUUUAGGAGACCUAGAAAUCUUAAGAAAAAGUACUUUAAAGCUGAUCAGUAUAUAUGGAGACUCUCCUACUGUUCAUUCAUAUCCAGGAAAACAAGACCAUCUAUGGAUUAUUAUAGAAAUGAUUUCCUCAAAAGUUAAUUUUAUUAAGAGUAAUGAGGCAAUAAGUAUUAAAGUCUCUCUCUAUGGUCUAGAACAUAUCUGUUUUGAUGCUGCAAAAAACCUUGUUUGGAAGGAGAAAAGACAGUCUUUCUGUGAAAAAUACUCAAAAAAGAACAAAGAAGUGAUACAUAAAGUGAAUAAAUGUGCUUUAUCUAAAUUGCAGAAGAUAUAUGAUAACUUGUCUGAAAAUUUAAACAAAGAAACAGCUUCCAGUAUUGAGCUAAAGGAAAAUACUGUGAUUACUUCCAGGAAGUCAGAUAAUCUAAUUACAAUAGAGAACUUUAGGUUAAGUACUUUGUUUUCACAACCAGAUAUUUGUUGUAUUGGUGAAAUAUUGGAUCAGGCUGAAUUCGCAGACUUAAAAAAAUUACAGGAUCUCACUUUGGUAUGUACAGAUCACUUAGAAACUUUAAAAAAAUGCUUUCAGAUGCUGCAAGAAGAUAACAUAGAUGAUAUUUUUAUCACAGAAGGAAAUGUUUUGUACAUGUUGAAAAAUCACAAUCAUGGGGCAGUAAUUUUAAAACCUGAAGCAACUGAAACAUACAUUGAAAUUGCCAUGCUCUCAGAAACAGUUCACUAUCUUAAAAACUCAAUGGCAAAGAAAUUAGACAACCAGAGAUUUCGAGGUAUGCUUUGGUUUGAUUUGUCACUUCUUCCUGACCUGGUUUGCUGCCAAGAAAAAAUGGUUUCUUUCUCAUUUCUUGAAGAUAACCCAGGAGAUUGCCUUUGGAAAGCAGUAGAGAGUGGUAUUUCUGAGUGUAAGAAAGAUAUAGAUAUCAUCUACAAGUACAAUGAAGCUGUUAAUUGCUCAUAUGCUCUUCAUUUAUUCUCAAGGGAACUUAAAGAACUUUCAGAAAUAAAAAAGCUUCUAAAGAAAUCUGAAUAUCCCAUUUCUACAUACAUUGACUUUGUCCCAUAUAUAAUGUCCAUAAAUUAUGGAAACACUGUGACAGAGUUAGAACAAAACUACAGUCGGUUUUCUACAUUGCUCAAAAAUAUAAUGUCUGUCCCUCAGAAAGAUUUAGGAAAAAUGGCCCAUAUUAUGAAAGUCAUGAAAACCAUUGAACAUAUGAAGAUUAUAUGUGCUAAAAAUGCUAAAUUAACCACUUCUUUUAUCCUAUGCCAAAUACUACAUAACAAAAGGAAUAAUUUCCAAUUGAAGAAAAAAGAAAAGACGAAUAUUCAUUUUGCCAUACCUGAGGAAAACACCAGACCCAGUACUUCUCCAAAGGUACCCUCAACUUCAGUGUAUUUAAUCAAAAACAUUUCACAUUCAUCUAAAAGGCGGCCUAGUGCUCUGGACAAGUGUGAAGACUCUCAGGAAAAAGGGAAAAAUACUAUUUCAAGUUGUAAAAAGCGAAAGGUUAACAUGGACAAUAUCUCAAAAAUCAACGAAGAGAAGGCAGUGUUCAGGUGUCUAAGGACUACAGGAUUUCAUCCCAAGAGUGAAAACAAAAUAGGAUCAAGUUCAUCUGACAAUCUGAAAAGAAACUAUGUAUCUCCAAAAUGGGAUGAAGUGCAGAGAUCACUAAGUGACUCACUUUCACCUUUAAAGAACGUUCAAGACACUUGCACAUCAGAGUCACAAAGCAAAAUAGAUUUAACUAAUAGUCCAUCUGAUACCUCAAAACACCUCAUUGAACAACAGGAAAACUUAAAUAGUAUUAAGAAAAGAAAUGUGAAUUUUGGUGCUCCUGAAACAAAAAGUUAUAAAAAGGAUUGUGCUUCUUUUGCAAAUUGUGACCCGAAAAGCAUAAAUGGCAUUUUGUCAAAAGACCAAGAAAUACCUUCACGAAAACUUCUUAAGAAUCUCCCAGAUCCUGCACAGAAAACUUGUCUUUCAAACAUAAAACCAGCAGCUGAUGACUCUCUUGUGACUAAUACAUCAGUGUCCUCAGAGCCUAUUUCCCAUUCUGUGAGGGAUGUACAUACUAACUUAGAAAUAAAUGGAAUAGUCUUAGAACAUCGAGAUAAUGAACUAUUAGAUUCAUCUAUUAAUAACUCCACAUGUGCCAGUUUUCCAGAAUCUGUACAUAUCCACAGCAGAAUUCCUGAUACAUUGAGUCCCAGUCCUAUACCUUUUGGAGCAUCUGGAAGCUUAACCCCUGAUACGAAUCAAACAGCAGAAUAUUCCUUUUCUCAACAACAGGAUGAAGAUAAUCCAAAAGUCCUAACUCAGAAAGCUGCCACCUCCUGGAGUGAACUUCCACAGUCUGCCUACACUCCAGUAUACAAUUCUUCUAGCCAUUCACUGGAAACUCCAUACUAUGCUUGGUGCAUUUAUCAUUACAGCAGCAGCAAUGGCAAUGCCGUUACCCACACAUACCAAGGGAUAACAUCAUAUCAAGCACAGUCUCCUCCUUCUGAAAUACUGACUACACUUACAAGUACUGUCCAGAACACACCUUCUAAUCUUCUAUACUCACAAUAUUUUAGUUACUUUGCUGAUCAGCCACAAGCAAAUGCCUUUGUGCCAGUGAAUGGGUAUUUUCAAUCUCAAAUGCCUCCUACUUAUCAUUUGCAGCAACCAGUUGUUUCACAGUAUUCUUCUUAUCAGCCAUUACCACAAGCUGUUUACCCUUAUCCUCCUGCUUCAGGUGUGCUUCCAGAAUCUCCUUGGAUUUAUGCUCCACGGCAACAAGAAUCUUUUCAGCCAAGACAUUGAAAAUAAUCUUCUACUGAAAUAAAGAAGAUUUAACAAGUUAUUUCCAAAUAUUUGUAUUUAUAUAUUAUUUUAAUGUUUAUCAUUUACAUUAUGGAAAUGUGGUAUAUAAAUCAUACAACCCCUUAUAAAAUGUGUAAGUGUAAUAAUGCAUCACUUAAAGUAAUAAGAAAUUAAUUUCUAACAUCUGAAGUACCAAAAUUGUUUCCAGGUAAUUCCAAAGAGAGUUAACUGAGCAGUUAAUAAGAUUAAGAAUAAGUGGGGCUGGGGACUUUAGCUCAGUGGUUCCACCGCCUGUCUUGUAAGCACAUAGGACCCGAGUUCAAUCCCCAGUACCUAAAUAAAUAAAUAGAAGACUAAGCAGUAGUACUAAAAUCUUUCACACUAGGUUUUUGUUUCUGGGUUUUUUAAAUGCAUGGUUUAUGGUGUUAAUGCCAUUCUGUUGAGCUUCAAAACAACCUUCUUGAACUGGUCAUCAGGCCAAUAAUUUCAUAAAUAUUUACACUUUAU